UUCUCUUUCUUGACAGCCACUGCUUCUUGGGACACCUUUCUCAUGUUAUGGAGUUUGAAGCCACACACUAGAGCUUACAGAUAUGUGGGCCACAAGGACGUCGUGACCAGCGUGCAGUUUUCUCCACAAGGAAACUUGCUAGCCUCUGCUUCACGAGACAGAACUGUUAGGCUCUGGGUUCCUGAUAGGAAAGGGAAGUCCUCUGAAUUUAAAGCACACACGGCUCCAGUUCGAAGUGUGGACUUUUCAGCUGAUGGCCAACUUCUGGCUACGGCUUCUGAAGACAAAUCAAUUAAAAUAUGGAACAUGUACCGCCAGCGCUUCCUCUACUCCCUGUACCGACACACACACUGGGUACGCUGUGCCAAAUUCUCGCCCGAUGGAAGAUUAAUCGUGUCAUGCAGCGAGGAUAAAACUAUUAAAAUUUGGGAUACUGCAAGUAAGCAGUGUGUUAAUAACUUCUCAGAUUCUGUAGGAUUUGCAAAUUUUGUGGACUUUAGCCCUAAUGGUACAUGCAUAGCUUCAGCAGGUUCUGAUCACACUGUGAAAAUCUGGGAUAUAAGAGUGAACAAAUUACUCCAGCACUAUCAAGUUAACAGCUGCGGUGUGAACUGUUUAUCAUUCCAUCCUUUGGGUAACAGCAUGGUCACAGCCUCUUCUGAUGGAACACUUAGGAUUCUGGAUCUCCUAGAAGGAAGACUCAUAUACACACUCCAAGGACAUACGGGUCCUGUCUUUGCUGUUACAUUUUCAAAGGACGGAGAACUGUUCGCAUCAGGAGGUGCAGAUGCUCAGGUCUUGUUAUGGAGGACUCACUUUAAUCAAUUGCAGUGUAAAGAUCCUAAUAAAAGAAACCUCAAAAGAUUGCAUUUUGAGUCCUCACCACACCUUCUUGACAUCUACCCACGAUCACCGCAUCCCCACCAAGAGAAAAAGGAGAUUAUUGAGAUAAAUCCAAAACUUGAGGUAAUGGAUUUGAAGAGCUCUUCUCCCACUGUUGUAGAUGUCUUUUCUUUUGAUUCUACCUCACCGAGCUGCUCCUGAGAAAGGUGAAGACAUUUCUUCGUAUUUCUUGAACCCUUCCUUAAUACCAGAGUGCUCAUCAACAACUGUGAAGAAGAAAGAAGAAGACUUCAGUGACCUCCCCUUUGAAAGCCACAGAAGUAUACCGCUCGCUGUGACUGACGCCCUAGAGCAUAUCAUGGAACAGCUCAAUGUUUUAACACAGACCGUUUCAAUUUUGGAGCAGCGACUGACUUUGACAGAAGAUAAGCUGAAAGGCUGCCUUGAGAAUCAGCAAAAGCUUUUCAAUGUCAUCCAACAGAGAAGUUGACCAAGAGAGUGUGUGACCACAGGCCAAUAAAUGAAGAUGUAUUCACAUGUUCAGGCAGGUAGCAAAGACCGUCCACCCCCGACCAUGCACUAAUUACACAGCUUCUUCAGAGGGUGAGCAAUAGAACAAAAGGUUGAAGUCAUUUUUAAGAACUAACUUAAACACAUAAAUCAAUGUCAAGAAUCAAUUUAAGCUCCUCCCAGUAAUAAUUGCAGUAAUAAAAGUUACAAGCAUUUAAAUUCCCCCACCCCCCAUAUGAUUUGAAAUGUCAGUUUUUAUUGAAAGUGCAAAGCCCCACCAGGAAAGUAGACAGACCUCUAGAUUUCAUUGUUAAGUCAUUUCAGAUUGACCACGUCUAGGCAAUUCCUGAAGAUAAUGUAUUUCUUAGGUGAGCACACCCUUCAUGUGAAAUAAUUCACUUCGUUCAAAGAGUAUCUUACAUGGAGUGAAUUGGUUGCUGAGCUGGCUGAUAUUUCUUUCAGGCCAGAAAAAGUGUUCUUAGGAAUGCCUUCACCAGGUGCUCGCAGAGACUUUCCACAGCAAGAGUGAGCUUAACUAGCAGCAGUGCACACGUAGCAGAGCAGGGGUCUUCCUUGCUUGCUGGGAGUGAAAACCACAUGAGGCCCAAGUUACAGGCGCACACACUAAGUGGUCUACGACAUACUGAACUUUGUGAUCAAAGUUCACAGAGAUUAUGUUUGUGUGAUUUCAGUGUGCUAAAAAGCCAAAAUGAUGAAAAAUAUAUACUCAUGUAGGUACAUAUAAAUCACGCAUAUUAUUGCUUAGGACGGUGCUGGUGGCUGAAUAAGUAUUUUUAUUCAAAAAAUUGCAUCUUCUGUUUUAUUUUAAUGAAUUGUGACUUGACAUGAAAGUGAGUUCUAAAAGAUCUUGCAUGCAAAUUAAGAAUAUUUCUUUGUCUUAAAAUAAAAAUCAAAGUAGAAAAAGAAGCAAAUUCAAUGUAGCUAGCUUUGGGCAUGGAGAACAAAGACCACACACAUCUGUGUGACCCGGGCAAAUGCUCUCUGUGAACUGAAAAUGAAGCAGACCUGAGAAAUCUUUCUCUAAGUAGUUUCAGUUGUGUACCUAGGAGCUGGUUUUACCUUCUAUGUCACUGUAUACUGUAAAUGCCUUUUCUGUCCUGUGUGAUUGUCUAGACAUUUUUUUACAAGCUCACAAAAUUAAAUGGCCCUGUAUUUUUAUACCUUCAUUGAGAAGACUACAUAAAAAAUGAACUGUAAUACCAA